GGUGACAGAUAGCAGUUCUCUUUUUCGACAGUCAGAGACAGAUCCUUCCCACAAGAGCUGUUGGAGCCAUUUAAGUGCGAUGUCGUCGAUUAAGGAGCCGGCCUGCUGGAAAUUCAGGUCGGGUCUUUGGCACAGAGCCAAUGCGACCCUUGGGUGGCUCUGGAGCAUCUAUUCAAAGACCCACCCAGACGGCAUCAAAGAGGUUGUGACCCUGAUGUUCUUGUGUCUGGCUGUGGCGUUCCUGAGUGCCAUCAUCCUCUUCAGCUGGAUGGCAAGCUCCCUGAGUUACGGGCAGCGCGUUUCCGGGGCGACGGCGUCCAUCUACGGCGUGGCUGCCUUCAUCUCGCUCUUCCUCUGUCACCCUGUCCGCUGCGUGUUCACCAUGGCCUUGCCCACGCUGGGCACCAAACAAGGGCGUCGCUUUAUUCUGUCAGCCGCCAUUACCCUGCUGAUGCUCAACGUCCUCCCCAACAUCGGCGCAAACGUGGGUGUGGUGUCACACACCUUGAAAUGCAGUGGGGGCAACCUAGCCCAGAGCCUGAUAAAUUCCUCGGAGAUAAUUAACUGGGCAAAAGGAGAGCUGGUCACUGCGGCGAUGAAAGCAAAAGAGACAGAGCUGCAGUUUGUGCGCAGUUUGAGAAAUUUUGAUCACUUUACUUAUAUAAACCUCUCUAACAUCAACCAGAGGUUUGUAAGUGUCAGCCAAAAUAUCGAAAGAGACUUUUCUCAUGCCAAAUACACCAUAAAAAACAUGAAAUUAGUGGCCAGCAGAUUUAUAGCUGCCCUUUUUAUUAUCUAUCUCUUUGUUGAAUCUGCCCUUUACCUAAAAUCGUAUUUGACAGACGUGAAAUUUGACAACCCAUACAUUACUGGCCAUAAGAAACGUAGUUCUCAUUCUGCAAUCUGCAGAAUCUCUCGACAAGAACUUUUACGAUGUGCUCCUCGCAUAUUGGUCAUGUCUUGGUAUUUCACAGUGACCCUGUUGGUUAUUAUCUUGGAUCACAUAUUGUACCAUUUAGUCAGUGCCAGUAAAGCUAGGCUGCUGGAUAUUCCGCCGAUUUCCAUCAACAUCAGCUUGGCGUACAAGGUUGAGUCCUACAGUCCAUCCCUCUGUAUCUUCGACCCAAGCUGUGGGACCGGGGUUUUGGUAGACUUCCAGAGGGUAUAUCCCUGGUCCAUCAGAACUGGGUCAGAGCACUGCACCUCGGACCUAUCGGCACCAGACCCCGGAGUUGCCGCCCUCCUGGGACUGCUCUACCUGCUGGCCUACAGCAUGGUGUUCCUCGAGGUGUUUGCCACACGGUGGCGCUACACCAUCUCUGCUUCCUUCUUCAAGAGUCAGGAGGCGAUAAGACUCAAGUACCUGCAUCAAAGAAUACGAGCUAAGCAGGGGAACAGCAGCAUUUUUUCCAUUGAGACGCAUGCGAGUGGUGGCUACUCUGGCCAUCAUCCUUCCUUUCCAUUGACUGCUCACCCAGAACCACAGUGACAGAGUCACUGUACUUCUGGCCUGGGCAGCACAGGGUCUGAGGCAGUGUGAGAUAGGCCUGGGCAGCACAGGGUCUGAGGCAGUGUGAGAUAGGCCUGGGCAGCACAGGGUUUGAGGCAGUGUGAGGCAGGGCUGGGCAGCACAGUUUCUGAGGCAGUGUGAGACAAGAGAUUCAGCUGAAAUUCAGCUGAAAUGAAUGACAUUUUAUGAUAUGAACUGCCACUAAAUAAGAAGAGAAGACUUAAUU